UCGCGAGGAGUAUCCAAGACUCAGACUCGACCCAAGCAAGCAUUCUUCUGAAGGUCACCACCAAACACUGCAAUGGACUGGCUAGCUACCGGUACUCAGCAAGAAAAACCUAACUCAUAAUUUCUUUACCAGAGAAUACAAACUGAAAGAAUGUCCCACCAAACAGCCCUUGAUAACGUCUUGAAGCUGAGAACAGAUUUGGACGCUCUAGCGGAUUCGACCAAGGAAGACAAAGAAGGCGUUGAGGUGGUGGGUGAAAACGCAAAAAAACUGCUCCGGGGACUGGGGAAGUGUUGUGUGACGAUCCCAAUCUUGAAAGAAACCAUGGUGGCCAAGACCGUAAAGAGGUGGAAACACAACCCGGUAGCUGGCCCCACCGCAAGACUUGUAUUGAAGCAUUGGAGGGAUUUUGUGAGGAAGCUCCAAGAAGAAGAGGAAGCAGGAAAGACGACAUCCUCCACCACCACUAAGGUUUGCAAUGUCAAGGUCAAAUUUAUCCGGCCGCACUAUGACAAUUUACGGGAGUGGGUGAAGGAUAGUGCACUCAACGAGUACAUUGGCCGCAAGGGAGUGGUGUUUGUGGACGGUCAGCGGUUCCCUCCUAGAGAUAGUCCGUGGGCCAAUCCCUUCAGAAUUACCCAAAAUAGCACACGGGCAGAUGUAGUGAAUCGUUACGAAGCCCAUCUUCGCAAACAGUUGAAAAAUGAUCCGACUCUGAAGGGAGAACUACUCAAGUUGGAUGGCAAAUGCCUUGGAUGUUGGUGCUGCCCGGAAGCUUGUCACGGAGACGUUUUGGUUCGAGCCAUUCAGGAAAUCAAACAAGGCAAAGGAGGCUGGUAGGCAGAAUCGAUAUAAUAUGAGCUAUUAAAAUAGUUUAGGAAGACAUAUAAACUGAAAUGCAUGAACACCACCGGGA